AUGGCGCCUCGUACUGGUCCCCGCGUAAAGGUGAUCUCGCCCAACUCGGAGACUCUCACUGUGUCCCGCUCCCUCAGUGUCGCUUCCUCGGCCUACAGCAGCGGACACGUCACGCAGGGCACCACCUCUCUCCUGCGUUCUGGGCUCCGUCGCGGAGAGCCGCAGCGGGGCGGCGACGAGAUGGCGUAUGGCGGUCGCCCGGAAGCAACGGGUGUCGCUCUCCCGCCAAGACGUGCUGCGCUGCGCGCGAUGGGCGUGAACACGUCGCACGAGACCGAGCAAUCCCAUGGCAAGAGCGCACCGUACGGUCUUGCGCUGUCGUCAGCGCGGACGGUAGUGCGCACCACCACCACCACCGCCGCCAGCGGCAGCAGUGGUAAUGGCGGCAAAGAUACACACACUCGUCGCUCGUUGCCCAACUUCUUUGAGGAGGCGGAUUUCAGUAACAACAGCGGCGCGGAGAGGCGGCGAUGGCCGCUUAAGAUGAGCACCUCGCGCAGCCACUCUACGUCUCACCACGCAGAUGCUUCUGCGGUGAAGCAGCGGCAGCAGCCAACAUCUCGUCGGCGAGCCGAGGACGAAGAGGCCAUCCGCCGCGCGACGGCCGCCCUCGAGCACGCCGGGGGUGCCGUCCUGCGCCGCCCCUUCAGCGGUGGCAAUACCACCAGCGACAAAGGCCGCGCAGCUACCUCUGCGCUGGGUGGCAGCACGGCCUCGCUGCCGGUACAGCAGCCGGAACGUCGAGGCCUGUGCCUGCCUUCCACGAUCCCGAUCACCGCGCACACGCGCCGCCACCGCAGCGAGUACAGCGACUACAGCCGUAACGACAGUAGCAUGGGCAGUACUGUGAGCUCCUACAAGCGUGCACGCUCUUGGGCAGAGCCGCAGCCGCCGACGCCGGCAGCAUCGCAGCAGCCAACGUCCACCUCUCGACCCUCACUCUACGUGGCGCAGCCGGCGGCGGAGAGUGCGGCGCAGCGUCUUACCGUGCCACGCGUCUGCCCCGGGAUGUUCACCGGGGUCAGCGCGAUUCCGGUGGAUGAGGAGCUGUUUGUUGGCGCGGACGCGUUGCACCCGAACUGUACUUCCACCGUGUGUGCUGCACCCGUGAUGGAUGCUGCCGCGGCUGCCGCAGCGAGUGGUGGUCCAGUGCAGCAGCGCUACUGCGUCCGACCCCUCUGGAGUCUGGUCGGGACCUUCAAAACGUCGCUGAGCGGCCUCGUCACGAUCGACUUGAAUCAGGAGUGCCUGCGAUGGUCGCAGCGCAAUCCGAGGGGAGGGAAGCAGACCAUCAAGAUACCGCUGGCUAGCGUGUUGGACGUCUUCACGACGAGAGUAGUGCAGGAGGACGAGCACAUUGAAGAGCGGCAGUACACCGUUGUCGCGCGCACUUCGACUCGGCCCUCGCAGGUGGUCUUUGGGUUUGCGACGGUGACGGAGGCGAAUCACCUGCGCAACGUCCUAAAGCGGCGCUGA